UAAACAAAGUAUCUCUCUCUCUCUCUCUCUCUCUCUGCCAUUCUUUUAUAUUCUUUUCUCUUCACCAACUUCAUCUCUUUCUUGCACAAUUCACCCUUAUACCUGACCCAUUCAACUCCCCCUCUCUCUGUUAUCAACUCCAUUCAAAUUCUUUUUUAAUGUCUAUUUCUCUCUCUAAAGACUCGAUCUUCUCUCUCUUCCAUGUCCAUCUUUCUUAGCAGCAUUAAUCAACCGUGACGAUGAUGUUCACCCCUUUCCUCUUCCUGCUCUUCCUCUUCCAGCUGCCUGUUUCCUUUUCUCAAUCCUCCAGAGGUGUAUUUAUCGAUUGCGGAAGUAAUGAUGGGCUCUCGUUAAACGGUCUGCAAUGGGUUCCAGACACAGGCUACAUAUCCACAGGGACUUCCAAGAAUAUUGCAAGACAAGGACUUGUCCCAACCCUUGCCACUGUCCGUACAUUUCCUCUCCAGGACAACCUAUUCAAGAAGUUCUGCUACGAAAUUCCCGUCAAUGAACGCCGUACGAUGAAACAUUUGGUCAGGACCACAUAUUACUACGGUGGAGUAAAUGGAAAUGGUAACCCCCCUGUUUUUGAUCAAAUAGUUGAUGGGACAUUUUGGAGUGUGGUGAACACAACUGAUGAAUACGCCAUUGGGGAUUUGAGUUAUUACGAAGGUGUUUUUAUGCCUACGGGGAAGAAUUUGAGUGUGUGUUUGGCUGCAAAUGUGUACACCGAUUCAGACCCGUUUAUUUCUGCUUUAGAGGUUGUGCCUUUGUGGGAUCAGUUGUACAAUUCCACCGAUUUUAAAUCUUUUGCUUUCAGUUUGGUGUCAAGAAACAGCUUCGGAUAUGAUGGACCAGUCAUAGGAUUUCCAGAUGAUCAAUUCAAUCGAUAUUGGGAGCCAUUUGGAUUAGACGCAUUCCCCCAAUCAAGUUCAAGAAACCUAGCUGUCUCGGGUAUCUGGAACCUUCCGCCCGCAAAAGUUUUUCAGACACGUCUGUCAAAAGGGCUCGCCGAGCCCCUGACACUACUUUGGCCCGCGGGCCCCGUUACCCCCCAAUAUAAUUAUUCUAUAUAUCUCUACUUUGCGGACGAUCAAACGGUGAGCCCGAGAACAUUGGACAUUAGCAUAAACGGUGUUCCUUAUUACAACAACUUGGUCGUGGCGCCAGCUGGCGUCGUUGUGUUUGCCAGCCGGUGGCCACUUGACGGAAUUACGAAUUUAACCUUGACUCCUGCUCCUGGUUCGACUAUGGGCCCACUGAUUAAUGCUGGCGAGGUUUUUCAAGUUCUUCCUGCCGGAGCGAAAACUCUUCCGCGUGAUGUAAUUGCUAUGAUGGAGUUGAGAAGCAGUUUCCGGAACCCUCCGGCUGAUUGGCACGGUGAUCCGUGUUUACCGAGUCAAUAUCCGUGGACGGGAGUUACUUGUCUUGAAGGAAGGCGAAUUCGUGUGGUAUCUUUGAAUUUGACGAGCAUGGGUCUGUCGGGAUCGAUUUCACAUCUUAUUACCAGAAUGACAGCACUGACUAGCAUCUUCCUUGGAAACAACAGCUUGCACGGAACGAUCCCGGACUUUAGUCCAUUGAAGGGAUUGGAGAUUCUGCAUUUGGAAGACAAUCAUCUAGGUGGAACAAUUCCUCCAUCUCUGGGGAACUUACAAUAUUUACGCGAGCUCUUCUUACAGAACAACAAUCUAACGGGUUCAAUCCCGAGCAACCUUAUCUCGAAACCUGGAUUGACACUAAGAUAUACUCCUGGAAAUCCAUUUUUGACACCACCACCUUCAUAAGAUCAUUCUUCCAUCUUCAUACGAGAUAUUACGAAAAGAAUUUUGCUCAAGUAUCCAAGGCAUCGUACGGUUCGUUUCGCUCAAACACAUUUUUAUUUUAUUUUUUUGUCGAGAUCAGCGAUUGAAUUAUUAUAAAAGCAAUUAUAUAUAUUGUUUUAAUCUUAUUUUUUGUAUCAAUGGAAGUGUUCAUUCUGCACCUCUUAACAGACAAAUUUGUGGCAAUAUUAUUUUUUAUUUUUUAUUUUUUAUUUUUUAUUUAGUUUGUAUAUUAUUAUAUUUAGGGUUGUAUAUCAUGUAUUAAGGAUACAUUUACUAUAGAUGUCGAUUAGUGCUACAGUUUUCCUGUAAAUUUCCUGUCUGAA